UUUAUUACACAAAAACUCAAAAACAGAGAAAAAUAACAGAAGAAAAAAAAUGUCAGAGGCUAAUGAAUUUGCAGCUGUAACCAAAGCUUUCUCAGGACUUGGUGUGGAUGAGAAUUUAUUCAUUUCAUCAUUAGGGAGAUGGAAUCGCUAUCAGAGGGAAUCGUACAGAGUAAGCACUCCUGGAUUCUUCAACGAAGACGAACGCCAAUUCCAGAGAUGGAGUGAUCACCAUAUCCUUCAGCUUCGUCAAGAAUUUUUGCGUCUUAAGGAUGCAGUGGUGUUGUACACAAUGCACCCAUGGGAAAGAGAUGCACGUUUGUUUAAAGAGGCGUUGCUAUUGAAAAUACCUCAACAUGAUGUUCUCAUUGAGACUGCUUGCACUCGAUCCUCUGAAGAUCUUUUGGGUGCUAGAAAAGCGUAUCAUUCACUUUUCGAACACUCACUUGAGGAAGACAUUGCUCACCAUAUCAAAGCUCACGAAAGAAAGCUUCUAGUUGCUCUUGUGAGUACCUACCGUUAUGAAGGGCCAAAAGUGAACGACGAUCUAGCAAAAUCUGAGGCUAAGGUGUUUGUGAAUGCACUAAAAGAUGCUAAAAAGAAGAAUCUAAUUGAAGACGAAGAGAUUGUGAGGAUACUCUCAAUCCGAAGCAAGCUCCAUCUUAAGGCCAUCUGUAGCCACUACAAGGAAAUGACAGGCAACUUCUUGGACGAGGAUCUUGAUGGUGACUUGAUCUUGAAACAAGUAGUUCAAUGCCUUUGUUCACCUCAAACAUACUUCAGCAAGAUUUUGAUUGCAUCCUUAAGUUUGGAUGUGGAAGAAUCUGCUAAAGACUCAGUGACUCGAGUCAUAGUUACAAGAGCGGACGAAAAUGAUAUGAAGCUAAUCAAAGAAGAAUUCCAGAGCAAAUAUGGAAGUACCUUGGCUGCAAAAAUUCAAGAAGUUGCUAAUGGAAGCUACAGAGAUUUCUUGCUUACCAUAAUUGCAAAAUCUGACUAAUUAAUUUUGGCCAGAUUUUGUCAUAGCCAAAAUUUUCCAACAUUUCCAUGUUCUCAAAUGCUUUGUUUAAUUUCCCCUUUGGUUUAGUUUGU